CAAAAUCAGAGGGAGAAGUGUAGAAUGUAGAUUAGGCUUUUUGGCUCUGGAUGAGGCGCGCGAAAACCUCAUCAACUACCAACUCCCAAUCAUGGCCUUCCCUUUAUCUGCCUCCAUUUUCUCCCCAAACAAGCUUUCUCUCAACCUCUCCUCUACUCGCAAGUCCACUUCUUCUUCAUUCACCACCCAUUUCGCCUUGCCGUAUACUCCUCGAGAACCCGCCUCGGCGAAACAUAUUUCUCCUGAAUUCAAGUGCAUUUUGGCUAGGAAGGAUGACGGCCCCAUGGAGUUAGUGAAUGGGUCCAAUUACUUCUCCAACUUAGAGACGUGGUUGGUACUAGGAAGAAAGCAGUUUGAGCGUGCCUUUGCAGCAAGCAUUAUUUUCCUUCAGCUGAUGUCUCCAGUACCUUGGACAGGAUAUGAGGUGCUUUAUUCCCCCGAAACAAAAAUUCCUCGUACAGGGGAACUAGCUUUGAGAAGAGCAAUACCUGCCAAUGCAAACAUGAAAGCUAUACAGGAUUCUCUGGAGGACAUAUCAUACUUGCUAAGAAUUCCACAGAGGAAGCCAUAUGGGACAAUGGAAGGAAAUGUGAAGAAAUCUCUGAAGGAUGGGCUAAAAAGCCUUCUUGAAAGCAUCAAGGAUAAAGAUGCAGACAAGGUAUCAGUCGGCUUAGCAUCUACACUGGAUACUGUUGCUCAGUUGGAGUUGCUACAGGCUCCAGGGUUACAAUUUCUGUUGCCUCAGCAAUACUUAAACUACCCGCGGCUUACAGGGAGAGCAGUUGUUGAAUUUGCUAUUGAAAAAGGAGAUGGCUCAACGUUUUCUCCAGAAGCGGCUGGUCAACCCAGAAACAUCGCAGUAAUUCAGGUUGUCUUAGAUGGGUAUUCAGCUCCACUUACAGCAGGGAACUUUGCAAAACUGGAUAAGGACACCUCAAAUUUGGUCCAACUAUUGCAGCUUACAUGCACCCAAACUGUAAUGGAAAGAGGGGCAAGGUGUAAAAUUCUGGGCCAGGAUAAUUCCUCCCAACAUGACGAAAUUGUGGUUGAUGGGGCUUACGACGGGGUGAAACUUAAUUGCACAGACCAAGCUAUUCUCUCGGACACAGCAGCAGGAAAGGAGAAGGGCUACAGUGUUCCCUUGGAAAUAAAGCCAUCUGGGCAGUUUGAGCCUCUCUACAAAACAACACUAAGCGUCCAGGAUGGAGAGCUGCCUGUUCUUCCGCUAUCAGUCUAUGGUGCAGUGGUCAUGGCGCAUAGUGAGGUUUCCGAGGAGUAUUCUUCGCCCAAUCAGUUUUUCUUGUAUCUCUAUGACAAGAGAAAUGCUGGCCUAGGAGGGCUAUCCUUUGAUGAAGGCCAAUUUUCUGUCUUCGGCUACACAACUGUGGGACGAGAUAUUUUAUCUCAGAUUAAAACUGGGGAUGUUAUUCGUUCUGCCAAGCUGGUAGAAGGCGAAGACCGGCUCGUUAUGCCCAAAGAAAGUUAAAAGAUAAACUCCCUCUUCAUUUUUGAACAAUUCCAAAAGCUCUUCUGGCUUACUUUUAGUUGAUUCAUUCAUGCCUUUAUCAAGAUACAUGUUCAGAGUUGGUAUACUGUGAUCUGAUGAGAGAUUUUUCUUGGUAGAAACAAGAUUCUAGAGAAGCAAAAUGUGUGUGGUAUCUUCCUUGCCAUUUCACUGUAUUCUGUCCCCACUUUGAUGUUGAAUUCAGAUGUUUUCCUAUGAAGGGAUCAUCUCCAUUUGCCAUUUGGAGACAGAUGGCCAGAUACCAGAAAACUCUUUGCCCUCAUUAUGAAGCAAAUUAAGAUGGAACUUUUACCAUA